AUGCUUCAGCGACACUUUGCUCUGGCGCCACGUCUGAGAAUUGUUCCAGCAUAUCUGACAAGCCGUCCAUUUGCGCCUCGGUUCAAGAGAUACCAGGCUUUCGACACCGGGCUCGAUCAAGAGGCUCUUUCUGAAGCUCGCUCGUGGUUUGAAUCUUUCAGCUCAACGCAACUACCGAAAGGAAAUACCACAUACGCCCGCUCGAGUGGACCAGGAGGUCAACAUGUCAAUAAGACCGAAACAAAAGCAAUUACAGCAUAUCCACUAGUACAAUUAUUGCCUGUACUCCCCAAGUCAUUGCAUCCUGGCAUUCGCAAGUCCAGGUACUACAAAGCAACCAAUGACUCUUUGACUUUCCAAGCGCAAGAUUCACGAUCACGGGAUGCGAAUGCAGAAGACAACAGAAGAAAGCUGAUUGAGGAGAUAACAAGCAUCUACAAAGAUGUGAUACCUGCCGAAACAAGCGCAGAAAAGAAAAAGAAACAUGAGGAGAUUGGCAGAAGAUUCCACGAAACAAGGAUAAAACAGAAGAAGUUUACCAGCGCAAAGAAACAAUCACGGAGAGGGCCUUCUGAUUGA